AGUUGAACUGUUAUGAAUGAAAAAAUAAAUUCGGUCUAUACACAGAGUUGAGUCAUGAGUGUAUAACAUCAUUUUUCUACUUAGAUUUCUUAGCUGGUCCACAAAAACUAAAAUUCGUUGGGAAAGGCCGCGUAAAAGCAAGGUUGCUUUCCCCGCAGUUUGAGGCCACACACAAAAACUCAAUCGUAAAGCCAUUUCACUUCAACUUUGCAUUGCACGUAAAUCUCAAUCCAAAUCAAAUGGCCUCCCUUCGUAUUCGUAACCUUCUCCGUUUCUCCAUACACGGGACGCUGCUUUCAUCUUCUCCACUUCGACCAGGGUUUUCGGGAAGCUCUCGAAGCUACAGCGUCGUUGAAUCUUCGAAACAUUUUCUAUUGAAGUCCGACGAUGAGGAGAUAUUCGCUCUCCGUCGCAAAUUCGAAGCUGCCAAACAGAGUUUUCUCAGUAUUCCCGAUGCGCUCCGGGAAAUGCCCAAAAUGAAUCCUAAAGGCAUAUAUGUGAAUAAGAACGUGAGAUUGGACCAAUUGCAAGUUUAUGGGUUCGACUAUGAUUACACAUUGGCGCAUUACUCGUCUGAUUUACAGACUUUGAUAUAUGACCUUGCCAAGGAGUACUUGGUUAAUGAGGUUAGUUCUGACAACACAGUCCUGCUUUAUGACUAUGGUUCCUUUCCUUACUCAUCUUGUUGCUCCUUUCAGCUUAGGUAUCCGGAGGUUUGCACGAGUUUUAAAUAUGAUCCAACUUUCCCCAUUAGAGGCCUAUACUAUGAUAAGUCAAAAGGGUGCCUCAUGAAGCUGGAUUUCUUUGGUUCAAUUGAGCCGGAUGGAUGCUUCUUUGGAAGACGCAGGCUAAGCCAUACAGAAAUACGUGACAUAUAUGGCACGCGGCAUAUUGGUCGUGAUCAUGCUCGAUCACUUGUUGGUUUGAUGGAUUUCUUCUGCUUCAGUGAGGCAUGCCUUCUUGCAGAUAUAGUUCAGUACUUUGUUGAUGCUAAGCUAGAAUUUGAUGCUUCCUACAUUUAUGAAGAUGUUAUUCGUGCAAUUGACCAUGUCCAUCGAAGUGGCCUGGUUCAUAGAGGAAUUCUAUCUGACCCACACAGAUACUUAGUGAAAAAUGGAAAGAUAUUACGUUAUCUUAAGAUGCUAAGGGAGCGGGGGAAGAAGCUUUUCCUGUUGACUAAUUCUCCUUAUUAUUUUGUGGAUGGAGGGAUGCGUUUUAUGUUGGAGGAUUCUCUGGAUUGUAGAGACUCUUGGACGGAACUGUUUGAUGUUGUGAUUGCUAAGGCCAAUAAACCACAGUUUUAUACAUCUGAGCAUCCAUUCCGUUGUUAUGACACAAAGAAUGACACAUUAACUUUUACCAAGGUUGAUGAAUUUCUACCAGAUAAAAUUUAUUAUCAUGGAUGCCUCAAAUCCUUUCUCCAAAUAACCAAGUGGAAUGGCCCAGAGGUGAUAUAUUUUGGAGAUCACCUAUUUAGUGACUUAAGAGGCCCCUCAAAGGCAGGCUGGCGUACAGCAGCAAUCAUCCAUGAACUAGAGAGCGAAAUACAAAUACAAAAUGAAGAUACCUACCGCUCUGAGCAGGCAAAGUUGCAUAUUAUACAGGAACUACUUGGUAAAUUGCAUGCAACUGCAUCUAGUAGUUCAAGAACUACAGCUUUCAAUUCACUUCUUGAAGAACUUAAUGAGGAGAGACAAAAAGCACGAAGCAAGAUGAAGAUGAUGUUUAAUAGAUCUUUUGGAGCAACAUUCCUGGCUAGCACAGGACAAGAAUCUGCUUUCGCUUAUAACAUUCAUCAGUAUGCAGAUGUUUAUACCAGUAAGCCAGAGAAUUUUCUUCUGCACUCACCUGAAGCAUGGCUUCAUGUUCCAUUUGAUGUCAAGAUCAUGCCUCAUCAUGUGAAGGUUCCAUCAAGCUUGUUCAAAACCGGGUGAACGGUCCUCGAAAUCAUUCAAACUAUUAGUGGCAUUCCGCAGUUCUAAUAACGGAGUAAUGAUGAGCUGCAACUGGAAGACAAUUGUUGCAGUAGUAAUGUGCAUUCAAUUUUAUUCUUGUCAUUGAUUCCCUCAUUUCAUCUCGACAUAGCUAACUUUAUCUGGUAUGCUUCAAUUAAUAGAGAAAGAAAUUAGAAAAAUGAAAGCCUUCUAAUCAUGUAUAUCAAUUUUUCAUAAAUUGGAUAUUUGUUGCUAUGCUAUCUAACAAUGAAUAUUUAUUUAUAUUUUAAAUAAUAUAUUACCUAUCAAGAUAAAA